AUGACGGCCUUCGAUAUGGAUUCACAGCGACAGGAAGAUUUCGAGGUGAUGCCUUCGAAGGAAGCCUUCGCCUCAGCCAACUACGACAACAUGAUUGACAAAGGCGAGGUCACCAUCGACAAGAGCACGGCUUUGCACCGCGGACUCAGGUCCCGCCAUACCACCAUGAUUGCGUUGGGUGGCGCUCUAGGGUCUGGCUUGAUCAUCGGGACUGGCUCUGCCCUGGCAAGUUCAGGGCCGGCGGCUGUCUUGAUCGCCUACUCACUCGUGGGCUUUGUCGUGUGGUUGAUGUUGACGGGUCUCUGCGAAAUGGGAACAUACCUACCCAUCGCCGAGGGAUUUACUGGUUACGCUUCUCGCUUCGUCGAUCCAGCUUUGGGCUUCGCCCUCGGGUGGUGUUAUUGGAUCAAAUACGCCAUUUCAACCCCCAACCAACUGACCGCCAUUGCAUUGGUGCUUCAGUACUGGGUUCCUCGAGAAAAGCUCAAUCCGGGAGUGUUCAUUGCCAUCUUUCUAGUGGUGAUCAUCCUGAUCAACUAUUUCGGGAUCCGGUUCUUUGGCGAAUUCGAAUUCUGGCUCUCGUCCCUCAAGGUUUUGAUCCUAUGCGGUGUCAUCAUCCUCUCGUUAGUGCUGGCCUGUGGAGGCGGCCCCAACCACGAAGCCACCGGAUUUCGCUACUGGCACCACCCGGGCGCCUUCCACGAGCAUCUCGCAAAAGGAGCAUUGGGCCGGUUCCUAGGCGUGUGGAACUGCGUCGGCAUCGCCGCCUUCGCGUACCUCUCGACCGAGUUCAUCGGCGUGACGGUCGGCGAGGCGCAGAAUCCACGCCGGACGAUCCCGCGCGCGGCACGACUGAUCUUCUAUCGGAUCUUCUUCUUCUACAUCCUCAGCGUCUUCUUCCUGGGCAUGAUUGUGCCGUACAACUCGCCCAAGCUGGCCUUCGCCACAAAGCAAUCGACCUCGGCCGCCGCAUCCCCGUUCGUCGUGGCCAUCAUGCUAGCUGGGAUCGACGUCCUCCCGGGCUUCCUCAACGGCUGUAUUCUCAUCUUCGUCUUCUCCGCCGGCACCUCCGACCUCUACAUCUCCAGUCGAACGCUGUACGGUCUGGCGCGGGACGGGAAGGCACCGGCCUUCCUGGCCCGAACCAACAGCCGCGACGUCCCCGUGGCGGCUCUCGGAGUAUCAGCUGUGCUGUCGCUUCUGGCGUUCAUGAACGUCUCGAACGACUCGAAGAAGAUCUUCAACUACUUCAUCAACUGCAUCACCGUGUUCGGCUUGAUCGUGUGGAUCUGCAUCCUGCUGAGUCACAUCAGCUUCGUCCGCGCCUGUCGAGCACAACAGGUCCCCAAGGAGAAACUGAUCUACCGCGCACCCCUGGGCAUCUGGGGGUCGUGGUAUGCUUUGGUGUUUUGUGUCAUUGUCACUUUCACCAAGAACUUUGCCGUCUUCGUCCACACCCCGACCUCGGACUUCGACUACAAGAACUUCAUCACGGGAUAUAUUGCCAUCCCUGUGUUUCUGAUCAUUCUGUUUGGAUAUAAGCUGGUCUAUCGCACCAAAGGUGUCAAGCCGGCCGAAGCAGAUCUGCAGUCGGGGUUGGCUGAGGUCGAACUCCAUGAGGUGGAGUUUGCUGCGAUGGAGGCCGAGCAAUUGGCCCACCAGACCAGAUGGGGGAGAUAUUACAGAAGAUAUCUGUCCUGGUUGUUCUGA